CAGACUCAACUCCAUCACCAUGAUCUUCAUCUUGGACUUGCUGCUGUUUCUCAUCGAUGUGACCUACUCUAUCCUGUGCGCCGUGACGCGCGCCUUCCUCCAUCCCCGCUUGAAGAGCGUUGAUGGGGAGCUUUGUCUGAUCACCGGAGCCGGGGGGGUUUUGGGUCGACUUUUCGCCCUGGAGUUUGCCAAAGAAGGGGCACACCUCGUCUUGUGGGACUGCAACACAGGUGCAAACGAACAGACCGCAGAACUGGCCCGGGAGCUGGGUGUGGAUGUGCGCACCUACACCGUGGACCUGUCCAAGCGCCAGAACAUCUAUGAGGCAGCGGAGAGGGUGAGAGCGGAGGUCGGGGAUGUGUCCAUCCUGGUCAACAAUGCUGGAGUGGUGGCCGGACGGAGGCUGCUGGACUGUCCUGACGAGCUUCUGGAGAGGACUCUACUGGUCAACUGUCAUGCGCUAUUUUGGAUGACAAAAGCCUUCUUGCCACAAAUGAAAUCAAGGAACCAUGGCCACAUUGUCACCAUUGCAAGCGCACUUGGACUGUUCACCACAGCGUGUGUAGAGGAUUACUGUGCCAGUAAGUUUGGUGCUGUUGGUUUCCACGAAUCACUAGCACAUGAACUGCGAGCAGAAAACAACGAUGGCAUCAAAACCACUUUAGUGUGCCCCUACAUUGUUGACACAGGGAUGUUUGCAGGCUGUGAGAUCAGGAAAGAGAUUCAGAGUUUGAUUCCUCCACUUGAGCCUCUCUAUACGGUGCAGCAGUCCAUGAAAGCCAUAUUAGGAGAGCAAGAGAUGGUCUGCAUUCCUCGUAUAAUGUACAUCCCCUUCAUCGCAAGAGCGGUGCUGCCUUGGGAGGCCAACGUUGUGACGUAUCGCUUCAUGGGAGGUGAUAGAUGUAUGCUGCCAUUCAUCAAGAACACUGAGACGAAGACAUCAAAUGGCCACAUGAAAUCCCCCUGAGUCUUUUGUGUUUUUGAAUGGAAUUAAGUAAAUGCCAAGGAU